AUGCCUGGAGGGAGCAGUGCAGGAUGGGGUGAGGGCACAAAUGUAGAGAGCUGCCUAGCGCUGUGCUGGAGACCCAGGGGCAUCACAGGCAGAGAUGGAUGAGAUGGACCCAAUAGGGAAAAGGGAGAUCCAGAUCAAGGAUUCAGAGGUUUGCAGGGCCUUCCUGGGAAGUUGGGGCCCCCAGGAAACACAGGGGCUCCUGGAAUUCCAGGACCAAGGGGACAAAAAGGAGAUCGUGGGGACAAUUCAGUUGCUGAAGCUAAACUGGCCAACUUAGACAGACAGCUACAGAGCCUGAGAUCAGAACUGGACCACAUGAAGAAGCUGCAAGCCUUCUCCUUGGGGAAAAUGUCUGGGAAGAAGCUCUUCGUGACCAACGGUGAGCGGAUGCCUUUCUCCCAAGUGAAGGCUCUGUGUGCUGGGCUCCGGGCCACGGUGGCUGCCCCCAAGAAUGCAGAGGAGAAUAAGGCCAUCCAGGAUGUGGCCAAAGACACUGCCUUCCUGGGCAUCACAGAUGAGGCAACCGAAGGCCAGUUCAUGUACGUGACGGGCGGGAGGCUGACCUACAGCAACUGGAAGAAGGAUGAGCCAAAUGACCACGGUUCAGGGGAGGACUGCGUGACUCUCCUGAGCAAUGGGCUCUGGAAUGACAUCUCCUGCACGGCCUCCUUCAUCGCCGUCUGUGAGUUUCCUGCCUGA